CACGCAUACUAACAUACGAGAAGUGCACGAAAACUUUUUAAUUUCUGUCAGAAAAUAAGGGAAUGGAGUUAUAAUUAGUUUGUUUUAGAAAUUGCCACUUUCGUGGUUUUAACUUGAUUUCAGGCGAUUGUCUAUAAGGCUAAUUCACGAAUUCAUAUGUUCGUAUUUGAAGGAACCUAAACUACAAUACGGUAAUGAGAAAUCAACAUCAGAUUAUAAAGGACAAGUAAGUGCAUGACAUGUUUCAGGAGGAAACAAGAAAGUGUUUUCAGAUAUAUAAAGUAAAGGUAUUUGUAAUUUGGUGUGCAAAUCAUUUCAGAACAUUACUUCUUUAUUGAUUAGGUACCGCAAAAACAGUUAUCCGGCAUGGAAGCUAUAUAACGGUAAACUAUUUUCGUGCUCAUGAAAUGUAAUGCUAAAGACAGAGGACAGAUGGCACUAAAAUGCCGCGCAGCCCUUCGUUAAGGUAAACACAUCGGCAGAUUGCGAUUGAAAAUCGCGGGUUCCUCCAGUGUCCCAUCAUUCCCCCCAAAUCCCUUCCACUAUAGACUGCGGAGCUCAGGUACUGAGUGGCUGAAAUAUUCCUUUUCCGGCUACACCUGCGAAACCCACCAGGAAGUGUGGCACGAUAAAUCCCAAAGUAAUAAUCCUCCUUACCUGGAGGGAGACGGCCGACGCCGAGUGAUGUGCUGGGGAAUGGGGCGGCCGGUUGCAUGACAUUUCCGUUCUCGCUUACCGUUAAAACCGGGAGCCGGGGGCCGAUUUAUGCAGGGUAAACAGACGCCGUCGACUCCCUGCAAGUUUUGGCUUUUGUUUUCGUGCGGUUUGGGCUCUUCGCGAUGGGAUGCUGCGGUAGUGCAGAGAGGGCAAGGAGGGAAUGGAAGCCCCUGGAAGACAGAAGUUGUACGGAUGUCGCUUGGCUCCUCAUCUUCGUAGCCUUCUGUGUUGGCAUGGGCUCCAUCUGUGGCUACGCCAUCAUCACCGGGGCCGCCGGCAGACUUAUAUCUGGCUACGACAGCUAUGGGAACACGUGUGGACAGCCCAAUGCGCAGAUUGAGGGAAUCAAGCUCAGUGGCCUCGACCAGACCGACAAAAAGGUCAGUUUCUUGAUGUGGAGAGUGGUGGGGGUGCGAAUGGUUUUGGAGACUGCCGCAAGGAGGAUCCUUGCUGUCCUUGGCUCCCCCCCCCACCACUCUCUGUCUUUCAGGGAUAAAACCAAACUGCCGGUCACUCCCAUCCUGUCCUCCACCUUCCGGCUGAUCCGUUACCACCUGGGGACGGUGGCCAAGGGGUCCUUCAUCAUCACACUGGUCAAGAUCCCCCGCCUCAUCCUCAUGUACAUCCACAACCAGCUCAAGGGGAAGGAAAACGCGUGUGCGCGGUGCAUGCUGAAAGCCUGCAUCUGCUGUCUGUGGUGCUUGGAGAAGUGCCUAAACUACCUGAAUCAGAACGCGUAUGCCGCCACAGCCAUCAACAGCACCAGUUUCUGCACUUCGGCCCGGGAUGCCUUCGUGAUCCUGGUGGAGAACGCGCUGAGGGUCGCCGCCAUCAACGCCGUGGGUGAUUUCGUUCUGUUCCUUGGGAAGGUGCUGAUUGUGUCCUGCACGGCCUUCGCUGGCGUGCUCGCCCUGAACUACCAGCGGGACUACACGGUCUGGCUGCUUCCGCUCCUCAUCGUCUGCCUCUUCGCCUUCCUGGUGGCCCACUGCUUCCUCUCCAUCUUCGAGAUCGUGGUGGACGUGCUGUUCCUCUGCUUCGCCAUCGACACCAAGCACAACGACGGCAGCACCGGGCGGGAGUUCUACAUGGACAAAGCCCUCAUGGAGUUCGUGGAGAGCAGCAGAAAGGCACUGCCGCAGGAUCGGAGCCGCGGCCGGCUGGAAGAGGGUAAGAGCGAAGGAGGUGACUGCGGGGAGGCGAGGCCCAUGGUGAGUGGCGGCGAGAGUGAAACCCUGCAGGAGUUCCACCUCUACUACCUGUCGGUGGGCGUGUUUGCAGACUGGGCGCUGUCCGAGCGAGCCUUUGUCCUGUGCCUGACUGAGGACGUGCUUGUCUUUCUGUUCGCCUACCUGCCUGCCUCCACGCUGCUCCCGCUAAUCUCGCUGCUGCGGCCCACGCCCGUGCGAGCGUGCUAGCAUGCUAACGCCGCAGCACCUGCAUGUCCACCCUCUCUUUCCGUUUCCAUCUUCUUCAACACAAUAUAUUUUUAGCAUCAUCUUUACUCAUUUGUUUCAUUCACAUGUCUGUUAAUUUUUUUUUUGCAUGUUCCUCCGCCCCCCCAGUCCUCUGAAGAACACUGUGUCUGUUUUUUUUUUUUGGUCUGUCUCUACCUGUUAUCUCUGUCCCGCUGCCUUACCGCUACCGUGCUCCUUUUGAGGAAAAGUGCGGUCGCUUGCCAGAGCAGAAAAUAAACUGUCAUCUGAAGAGGUGUGUGAAAUGAACAGGAAAAAUGAAAGCCCCCCCCCCCCCCCGUCCCCACUUGCUGGCAGCCUGAGCGCAGCGAGGGGUGGGGCUCCUGUUCCCCCCGUUAGCGGCUGCGAUUUUCCCCGACGGCUCCUCGCUGAGUCCGUUACGCCGCCGUUUACCGACUGGCGAGUGAAGCACUGCUUCUCCCCGUACCUGCAGCUUCGGCCCUUCGUCACAGGGGAAGGGGAGGGUCUGGGGGGAUUAAAUCUGCCCCCGUCUGCUGACUUUGCUUGGCGACCAUCCGUGUGUAUUCCAAACAUUAGCUUUCUUUUUGUUUUCUAACCUCCUUCACCAUUGGAAUGCAGUGGUCUCAUCACGCCAUCCCAUGCCAGCGUUUUUGAACAGUUGCUCCUGCAUGCUGUGAAGUGUAAACUGAGCGCAGCUUCUGACAUGUGGACUAAGAUCUUUUUUUUUCCCUCCUUCUUCCCUCCCUCUUUUCUCUAUAGGCUUCAGGCGUCUCCGCUUGACCAAAAUCACCUAAUUGGACGUUUUUUUUAAGACAUUCCAAAUGUUUAUUUUUACCAAUGUGUAACAUGUUUACUAUGGUAUCACUCCAGGGAAUACGAUAUUUUAAUAAGAUACUGUAUAACUACAUAAUGAAGCACUUUAUAUUGAAACUCUGCGGAUUUUAACGGCUGAUGCAUUUUCGUAGUGAUGUCCUUUUUUAUACGACUAAAGAGAGUCAUCUCACCAGACACUGUACUAAACCGUCUAGAAUCCAUGUUUGACUCACUUCGUCUUCGUUCCGUUCCGUUCCGUUCCCCAGGUAUUUAUUUUUACGUGCAGUAGAACUGCAAUCUAUUACAUAUUUGUAAAGUAUCACCUGAAAUAAUUUUACCCAUUGUUGAAACUAUUCAUUAUGCUUUCUUUAAUGUAACAUAUGAACUUCAAGUCCGCGGGGGUGUUUUGAGAGUUCUUGUCCCCCUCCCCCCCCCCCCCUCAACAUGAAGGAGAUCUCAGUGUCAUCUUACACUUGUAGCGAGUUUGAUUAUUUUAUUUUUUUUGUGCCGUCAUGCAUCACGGAAAGCAGCGGGCGUGGUCCGCUCUGGUGGACAGUGACAGCGCUGAACGGAGCAGUCAGUGACAGAAUUCAGUGUUGUUUUCCCGGAGGGGGGGGGAGGGGGCUGCGAUGUCAUCUUUGGAGCAGUUCCCUUCUAGAGAGACAAGCUGAACUGCCCCCUGCCCCCACACAUGCCUCAGCUGGACAGGCAAACAAUCCUACGCAGUGAAUGAUGUCCAGCCUGCCCUAUUGUACUGCGCCAAGAGAGCCAUAGUCGUGUCAUGUGACAUCAGUGGGCGGUGCUUGUUGGUGUGCCAGAGCCGGAGACCCCGGCUGGUACGUGAAAGCGUGUCAAGACGGCAGCAGUGGCCUGCUCACGCUGCACUCCUGUCAGGAUGCCAUGUUGCGUGCAGGGUGCUUGACCUGCUCAUCCGAGUGAUAGUGUUCAGGUUUUGCGUACUGCCUGGUAACCGUGUGCCCCGCUUUUUAAUGGUGAAUCGCUGAACUCUGGUGUGCGAACGCAGUCAAUGCCACUCAAUAGUUUGCCUUAAAAAUAAGGAUUUUAUGACCCCGGCUCUAAAUCAGUGUUUCCCAAUCCGGUCCGUGGGGACCCACAGACAGUCCAUGUUUUUGCUCCCUCCUGGGUCCCUGUCAGAUAGUCCACAUUUUUGCUCCCGGUAGGUGCAGGGAGGGAGCAAAAACAUGGACUGUCUGCGGGUCCGCGCGGACUGGAUUGGGAAACACUGCUCUAAUCGACUAGCUAGAGCAAGCAGAACAUGUGGACUGAUAUGUUCCUGUAGACCUGCAUAUGGAAUAUUGAAUUCCCUAUAAUGGGUGCUUACAGGGGGGAAAAAAAGCUUGUAUAUUAUUUAAUAUGCAAAUUAUUUUGCAUAUUUAUGCAUAUUGUUGAAUUCAUGUGAAUGAAUGUGAGAAUAAGCCAGUAAGUGCAGACGUGGAUUAUCAAUACACUUAAUGUUUUUAUGAUCCGAGUGAAUGUGUGCAGUCAGUGUUUUACUCCGUAGAACAGAACAAAAAUAAAAAAAACUUAGGUUAACUUAAAUAUUAAGGGGUUAAACAUUAAAUGGAAUUUCUUUUCCCUUUGUUAUGUUGUACAAAACUCUUGUGUGCAAAGCAUGUUGAAAAAAAAUGCAUCAUUAGAAAAAACAUUUAAAGGUCAGUAUCUACAGUAUUUACAAAAUAUAGUUUAAAAAAAGAUUGAAAAAGAGCUAGGUCAAAAGAGUCUCAUUGUUACAGUUAGGCGAAAUUGGAGCAGCCCUUUGGUGUUUUUGCAGACAAAUGUUUUAUAUGAGGCUGAAGUUAGAAUUUAUGCAGAUAUAAUCGGUGGGGGGUGGGGGGUGGGGUGGAGGAGACAUCCUACUGAGGACUACGAUCCACACUGCGAGGUCACGGGGGUCGCGGAGAGCACUGACCCUGGAGAUGGAGGUAUCUCCGUGUGCCACUAUUGUCUGCGUGCCAAAACGAGCUGUCCAGCCCAGCGAACAGCGCUGAGCCUGUGAGAGUAAGUGAUGGUGCCAUUUUAUUUAUUUAUUGGUUUCCCCCCCCCCCCCCCCCCCCAUGGCUGAAGCUGUGUCCAGUGGCCCAGUGACGAGCAAAUGGUUGGAGCUGAAAUCACACCACUGCAUUCACGUGACCAACAAAAACGUGUUUUUUUUUUUUGUUUUUUUUUUUUUAAAGAAAAAAGUCACUACCCUGAAGCACUUAUGGUACCUUUUGCAUGGAAGGGUUGUAUGAUUAAUCUAUUUAAGACAAUGGAUAAAAAAAGCGUUAAGAAGAACGAUGUGGUCGGUAGCCUGAGCGAGGUGAUGUUUUGUGGUUCUAGCUGUUAACUGGUCUGGCCCAUCGCUUGAAGAAAGAACAGGGGGGUGAGGCCAUGCUGGUGGCUGGAGGACACCCGUUAGCCGCGCCCGCUAAUCAUGGCUACUAGACUAGCGGCACCAUGCUGGUGGGCGGAGGACACCCGUUAGCCGCGUCCGCUAAUCAUGGCAGCUAGGCUAGUGGCAGCAUGUUAAGGGCACUGUCAUCUGACUCCAUAUCUCUGUAGGCUGUAUUUUUAGGCUGUGAACAGUAGGCCAUUUGAACCACAUGACUAGCAGUGCUAUGAUAGGAUAAUAGCUUUAUUCAGUGACAAGCCACUGUUUUGUCUCCUUUUCCACUUCUGGGGGGGGGGGGGGGGGGGGGGAGGGGGGGACUACGCCUCUGUUGUAGUCAUUGGGAGCGGUGUGCAUAUAAAGGCACUGUUGUGAAUUGAGGGUACAUCAGUUUACUUGUCUGAUGUAACACUAGCUUUUAGCUCUUAACUGCAAUCAGUUGUUUGUAACACUGGACUAAACCUGUUUUUUAUACAUAUUAUUUCUUAUGUAUCUUGUUUUUAAAAAACAAUAAUAAAAAGGAGAAAUUUCAA